CUUUGAAUCCAUCUUUGUGGUCGAAGUUGGUGGGAUUUUUCUUUGAAAUGGAUAGAUUAUGCAGGAAUUUGGAAUUUUGCCACCCAGGUCUUGGAAAUGGGAGCUAACUGUUGCAAAUGUUGCCAAGGAUCAGUUGAAUCGGUUCACAAUUCCACCGCCUUGACGUUAGCUGACCUAGAGGUCCAAGCUACUGCUGACCUAGAGGUCCAAGCUACUGACCUUAGGGAGGUGACUGUGGAAGAGACCGGAGAUGAUGCUGGACCAUCAGAACCAAAUCCACCAAGUCCUACCUCGAGGCCUUCACAAGUUGAGGAGAUAUCCAAGUCUGUUGUAUGUGUGGGAGAAACCUCUAAUACUAACGAAUCACCCAAAAAUCUUGUUCAAGAUCGGCUGUCAAGUUAUGAAGCAUCGAAUAUUCUUUGGAGUACUGGGUUCUUUUCUGACCCAAUCCCUAGUGGUUUUUACUCUGUGAUCCCGGUUGAGAGAUUGCAGCUUUUUAAAAGCAUUCCUACAAUGGAAGUAAUUAAUGCGCUGGGGAAAGAACGUUUUAAGGCUGAUGUAAUUUGUGUAGAUCUUAAGAACGAUAUACAGCUUGUUAUGAUAAUGGAGUUUUUCAUCAAAUCUGUCAAAGGAAAGGACUCAAAGGAAGUUAUCAAGAAAACUGCUGUAAUGGUGGCAGAUGUAUAUAGAAUAAAAACUCCUCUGCAGAGUCCGGCAAGAACAGUGCGAUCAUUUCAAAUUCAUGGAUUUCCACUGCUAGGAAAAAUCAAACAUGGUUCUUGUCGUGUUAGAGCAAUCCUCUUUAAAGUUCUAGCUGAUGCUGUUGGUCUUGAAAGUAAGCUUGUAGUGGGUUUCCCUAGUGAUCUGAGAUCUUCUGCUAGUGUCGACUCAUGUAAUCAUAUGUCUGUUGUGGUUGAGCACAAUAAUGUGGAUAUGCUGGUCGACCUUAAGCGAUGUCCUGGUCAGCUUACACCCUUCUCACCCAAGGCAGUUUAUAUGGCUCAUAUCUCAACGGCAUGGCAGACUGAUUUUGUAGACAAUGACUCUUGUGUUUCACCAUUGGAGCCAAACAGUCCCGUGGAACGGUCUUGUCCACCAUCUGUAUUACAAUCCGGUUUAAGUCGUUCACUAAGCGCGCCAAACAUAGCUACUGAAUUUUUUUGGAGAAAGGUCAUCAAGGAACAGCCACCUGCUGAUUUCAGGGCAGUAGAGUUAAUGAUGCAGAGAGACUUCUUGAAAGAGCGAGGUGAUGAUGAUUCAUCUCCUUGCUCUCCAGAUGAUGUCUCUAGUUUCCAGCUUGAUUCCCAUGACCAAGUGUCUGGUGAAAGGUCAACACUAAAUCGGCAGAAGGCAAUAUCAUUUCCAUCAUCUCCCCGAAGCUAUCAAAUCCAAUCAUUUGAAAGGAGUGAACCUUCACGUAAAAAAAUAAGCCAAAUUUGGAACGAAGUGCUGGAAUCUCCAAUGUUCCAGAAUAAGCCUUUGUUACCAUAUGAACAAUGGAACAUAAAUUUCUCCGAGUUGACAGUUGGGGCUUUUGUUGGGAGUGGAUCUUCUGGAGUAGUAUGUCGUGGCAUCUGGAAUAAAACAGAAGUUGCGAUCAAGAUGCUUUUUGGACAACAGCUUACAGCUGAGAACAUGAAAGAUUUCUGCAAUGAGAUAUCUAUUCUUAGCCGUCUUCGACAUCCCAAUGUUAUUCUGUUCCUUGGAGCAUGCACAAAGCCUCCUCAGUUAUCAAUGAUCACAGAGUAUAUGAAUAGGGGGUCCUUGUAUGAUAUCCUCCGUACCAGAAAAAAGGGGCUAAGCUGGCAAAGGAAACUAAAGAUUCUGAGUGACAUUUGCAGAGGUUUGAUGGGCAUUCACCAGAUGGGCAUAGUUCACCGUGAUCUAAAGAGUGCAAACUGCCUGUUAAACAAGGGGAUAGUCAAGAUCUGCGAUUUUGGGCUCUCGAGAAUGAUGAAUGGCACGACAGUGGAAGAUACUGAAGCUGCAGGAACUCCCGAGUGGAUGGCUCCUGAACUUAUCCGCAAUGAACCAGUCACAGAAAAAUGUGACAUCUUUAGCUUUGGUGUUAUAAUGUGGGAGCUUUGCACUCUAUCCAAGCCCUGGAAAGGAGUCCCAAAAGAAAAAGUCAUUCAUAUCGUUGCAAAUGAAGGAGCCCGGCUCACAUUACCUGAAGGACCACUACGCCAGCUUAUUGCAGAUUGUUGGUUGGAACCAGAGCAAAGACCGAGCUGUAAAGAGAUAAUGCACCGUCUAAAGACCUGCAAGUUUCCGAUUUGCUGAUUCUGUGAGUUGUUUGUUCUUUCUGUGUGUAGAAAAUGUUGAGGCAUUAGUUGUUAGAAACUCAUUGAGUUUGUUCUCCAGAUCUCUCCAGCUUCUUCAUUGAGUCUAUCAUUAAUAACAAUGGAUUUUUGUU